AGCAGAGCAGAGGACCAUCCGCCUACAACAUUACACCUCUGCGGACAUCUGAGGCUCAGUAAAGACCUGAAGAGCUCUGCAUUGUCCAGCUAUAACACUGACCUGUGAGAAGAACUUGCGGUGGAUGUAAGAGCGCUCAGAGGCUGAAGAAAUGAGCAGAGGAACAGCGAAAGAGCCGCACGGAUGCCAGCGCAACUUCACACUGAUCAUCGUGUUGCUCGUAGUCAUCUGCGGGGCAGAGAUUCCCUCAGACCCAAACGUGGUGGCCGCCUCCAGUUGGAACAUGUCCAGCGGAGCUGAAAGAGAUCACUUCCUAAGGCUGGAUGCUCCAAUGAAUAACAUCACUACUUCCCUCGGACAGACAGCUGAGUUACAUUGCCACGUUUUAGGGAAUCCACCACCCACAGUCCGCUGGCUCAAAAACGAUGCUCCUGUGGUCCAGGAACCGCGCCGUGUCUCUUACAGGCCCACUCCGUACGGCUCGCGCUUAAGAAUCCGAAACCUGGACACCACGGACACCGGCUACUUUCAGUGUGUGGCUACCAACACCUAUGGCACAGUAUCUACCACAGGAAUCCUGUUUGUCAAGUUUGAUCCUGCUCCCACCCCUCUGCCUGGAAGGCCUUCACCAGAGGAUUUUGACGAGGAAGGUUUCUGCCAGCCGUACAGAGGGAUUGCGUGUGCUCGCUUCAUAGGAAACAGGAGUAUCUUUGUAGACUCGCUGCAGAUGCAGGGCGAGAUUGAGACCCAAAUCACAGCGGCGUUCACUAUGAUCGGCACCUCCAAUCACCUGUCAGAUCGCUGCUCCCAGUUCGCUAUUCCCUCCCUGUGCCAUUUUGCCUUCCCAACAUGUGACCGCAGCUCUGGCAUGGACAAACCACGGGAUUUAUGCAAGGACGAGUGUGAGAUUCUGGAGAACGACCUUUGUAAGACUGAGUACAUCAUCGCUCGCUCUAACCCUCUCAUCCUCAAACGUCUCAAACUGCCCAACUGUGAUGACCUUGCCGCUUCGGACAGCCUCGAUGCUGCCAACUGCAUGAGAAUAGGCAUUCCAAUAGCUGAGACCAUAAUUAAAAGCCACAAAUGUUAUAACAACAGUGGUUCAGACUACCGCGGCACAGUCAGCGUGACUAAAUCUGGUCGACAGUGUCAACCAUGGAACUCCCAGUAUCCCCACAGCCACACCUUCCUGGCCAUGCGUUACCCAGAGCUCAACGGGGGACAUUCCUAUUGCCGCAACCCUGGCAACAAGCACGACGCUCCCUGGUGCUUCACCCUAGAUGAGAGUGUGCGCAUGGAGCUCUGCGACAUUCCUCCAUGUGAUUUGCCAAAGCAUGGAGGCAGCAGUAUGGGGAUCCUGUACAUCCUGGUACCAAGCGUGGCUAUACCGCUGGCCAUCGCCCUGCUGUUCUUCUUCAUUUGUGUGUGCCGAAACAACCAGAAAGCCUCACGUCCACCGGCACCACGCCAGCCCAAACCCGUCCGUGGCCAGAACGUGGAGAUGUCCAUGCUCACGGCCUAUAAACCAAAGAGUAAAGCCAAAGAGCUUCCUCUGUCUGCAGUGCGCUUCAUGGAGGAGUUGGGCGAGAGCUCCUUUGGUAAGAUCUACAAAGGUCACCUGUACCUGCCAGGCAUGGAACACGCUCAGCUAGUGGCCAUAAAAACACUGAAGGACAUCUCAAGUGCACAACACUGGGGGGAUUUCCAGCAGGAAGCAUCUGUCCUGGCAGAACUUCAUCAUCCCAAUGUGGUUUGUCUUCUGGGUGUCGUGACCCAAGAGCAGCCUGUCUGCAUGCUCUUCGAGUUCCUGGCCCAAGGGGACCUCCACGAAUUCCUCAUCAUGCGCUCUCCCCAUUCAGAUGUGGGCUGCAGUAGCGACGAAGACGGUACCGUCAAGUCCAGCCUCGAUCAUGCGGACUUCCUGCACAUGGCCAUUCAGGUUGCAGCCGGGAUGGAGUACCUCGCCAGCCAUUUUUUCGUCCACAAAGACCUUGCGGCAAGAAACAUCCUGGUUGGGGAGCAGCUCCACAUCAAGAUCUCUGAUCUAGGCUUGUCGAGAGAUAUCUACGCCUCUGAUUAUUUCAGAGUCCAACCCAAAACGCUCCUUCCUAUUCGCUGGAUGUCAGCGGAGGCCAUCGUUUACGGGAAGUACACCACAGACUCUGACAUUUGGGCAUUCGGUGUGGUUCUGUGGGAGAUCUUCAGCUUCGGCCUGCAGCCCUAUUACGGUUUCAGCAACCAGGAAGUGAUAGAGAUGGUGCGGAAAAAGCAGCUGCUGCCCUGCCCGGAGGAUUGUCCCCCUCGCAUGUAUGCUCUGAUGACAGAGUGCUGGCAGGAGGGUCCCGCUCGCAGGCCCAGAUUUAAAGACAUACACAGCCGACUCCGUGCUUGGGAGGGUCUGUCUUCCCACGCCAGCUCCAGCACACCAUCUGGAGGCAACGCCACCACCCAGACUACCUCUCUGAGCGCCAGCCCCGUCAGCAACCUCAGCAGCCCGCGCUACGCCGGAUACAUCUACGGAGCUCCGCAGACCCUCCCGCCGGGACAAAUCGCGGGCUUCAUGGCAGCGCCGAUGCCACAGAACCAGCGUUUUAUACCUGUGAACGGAUACCCUAUCCCACCUGGCUAUGCUGCCUUCCCUGCAGCCCAUUUCGCCACGUCUCAGGGCCCUCCACAGGUGGUGCAACACUGCCCUCCGCCAAAGAGCCGGUCGCCCAGCAGCGCCAGCGGCUCAACCAGCACGGGUCACGUGACCAGCGUCCCCUCCACAGGCUCCAAUCAUGACGCCAACACACCCUUGCUUUCUCAUUGUGUCACUCUGACGCCCAUGACAGCAAUGACGGGCGGCACAAUGCCAGUUUUUGGACAUUUUGCACAGAAGGCCAUGCAAAUAGACCAAAGUCAGGCAGCACUGCUGGCUGACACUAACAGACUGAUGUACAGUGAAUCCAUCAUUACUGCCGAUUUGUGAAUACAUGAUGUUUUGUCCUGUAUAUUGAUAAUUAUUGAUAUUUUAAUGGGGUUUUUUCUUCUUCCUUGUAAAUAUAAAAUAGCCUGAACAAAAUGCGAAAGUUUAUAUUUUAAUGUCGUUUUAUAAAUGUGUCUUAAAGGAAACUUGUAUGUUCACAUAUUCUCUGUGAAGCUUCAUGCCACUUUUUUUCGGCUCAAUGUGACUAAA